AUGAAAAUUCUUUUUUUGGUAUACUUUAUUAGAUUAUUGUCUAUUAUUUCUUCAGAUUCCUCCUGUCCAGAUGGAUGUCUAUGUCAAGAUGAUGAAGAUCUAAUAAGUUGUUUUGGUUUAAAUAUAGAUAGAAUUCCAAGUAACUGGCCAGCACACUAUAAAAAGAUUCAUUUAAUUGAGUGUGAUUUAACAACAAUACAAAAAAAUGCCUUUCGUCGAUGGAAUCAAUUAGAAGAAAUACAUAUAGAAAGAAAUCAAAAAUUAGAUUUAAUUGAUAAAUUGGCUUUUAAAGGAUUAAAAAAAUUAAGAGAAAUACAUAUAUUACAUAAUCCAAGAAUAACAAUAUUAUUAAAAUCUACAUUUUCUUCUAUUCAAAAUGAAAUGGGAUUAAAUAUUCACAUAUCAAAUAAUAGUUUGGAAAUGAUUGAAAGCGGUGCUUUCAAAAAUGCAAACAAUAUAAGAAAUUUAAAAAUAGAAGAAAAAUGUUUUAUUCUUCAAGAAGAGGCAUUAGGUUCUAUAACACAAAUAGAUUUUAUUUAUCUUUCUGGAUUAUGCUCUAUUAAUCAAUUUGCCUUCACAAAUACAUCACGAGUACAUUCAUUUAAUAUUUUCAAUUCAAAAUUUUCAAUUUUACCAAAAGCUUUCUCUUUUCUUAAUCAUGUUUAUCAGUUAUCAAUAUAUGAUAAUACAAUUACACUUAUCAGUGAGGAUUCUUUUUCAAAUAUCAAAACUAUUGGAACAAUAAAAAUUGAAAAAAAUACAAUUGAUGUUAUUAAAGGGAGAGCUUUUGUUGGUAUGGAAAAUGUUGGAAGUAUAAUUAUAUCAAAUAAUAAUAUUAUUAGUUCUUUAUCAACACCUGAAAUAUUAUUAAUUGAUCCUGGUUCAAAAAUUGAAUUUAGAGAAAAUAGUGUUAAUUGUAAUUGUGAUAUUAUUUGGAUGGAUAGAUGGGAAGAUAAAAGUUUUGCUGAGGAAAAUUAUUGUGGUCCUAAUGAGGGAAGAAAAAGUGUUUUUUUUUAUAAACCUCCAGAUUGUCAUUUAGUUUCACAGGGAGAUUUGAUCUCAGAAAAUGAUAAAAGUUCAAUAAAAGUUAGAGACAAAGAAUCUCAAUUUGAACAUGUUCAAUCAUCAAAACUUCUAACAAAUUAUGUUACCUCUGGAUAUUAUUCUAUAUUCCACUUAAAUAUUAAUUUAUCAUUAAUUAUUCCAUCAAUAUUUUAUAUCAUUUUUAAUGUAUCUCGAAAUUUUUAA